AUGGCUCAUAUGGCGGCGGCGCACUUUGAGUAUCCCCAGCGGCACCCACUUAGUCCUCCGGAAACCAAUGCUGACUCUCCUGGUACCACCGCUAUGCCCACUCCAUUGACCCAGCAUGUCCCGUUACCAUCACGCAGCGUAGGCGAUCCAGAAGAACUCGGAGCCAAGCUCUCUGAGUCGCCCACUAGCCGCUUUAGAAGGGUUUCGACACUGGCUUACCAUAACUCUCCGCUUCGAGAUAACCGCGACAGAUCGUCUAUCUCCAGGCCCUCGAAGCCAUUGAUCAUCGUCAUUCCUCCUCAAGCGUUGUUGCACGAAUGUGGUCAGCUCGGACACACUCUAUCACAAGGACCCCCGCACCGUUUGUCUCAUGGGAUUUUGAUGCCGUUGUUUCCAACCAUGUAUGGACAACUCACUGCGAUUGCGCGAGAAUUUAAUUUUCCCAGUACCUCAGGGUUGUGUAUCUACUACCAUUUCUCCGACAACGGGCUCACUUCCACGCCUCGAGUGUCCGACGAAUCAUGGCAACUCAUCUGGAGCCAUGUUUUCGACGAACGCUCCGUGGUUUCAUCGCCGCGGCCUCCUAUCACGGGUAAAAUUGAAUUCGACAUUGAUACAAGACAAGCGCGUUGGUACUCGGCGUGGUUGGGAACGUCUCGUCGCGAUCCCCUCGAACGCAUGUCGGUGACGCCGUCCGCCAUUCAUUCCAUUGACCACACGCGCAUCGAGAGCAAGACGACAUUCCAAGAUGAUUUUGAAGACAUGAACGAGACCCCGCAAAGGCCGAAGGGAAGACACGUCCCUCGGAAGCUUUCGCUUGUAGACCGUUACGAGUCAAUGUCUGCACGAUCUACGCCCGCUAGCGGUGCUCUGCUCUCGCCUCCAGUCGCAGCACCAAGCCCACAUCACCUGUCCCCAAUUCCUCAAGCCGACGAGCCAUUGACUGCCAAGUUAGAUUUGGAGAAGAAAGUCACGUCGUGGCGCAAUAGCGCGAGCUUGAGGCCUUCGUCGCUCGCGUUAAAGGGUCAAACCAGCCUCGAACCAGCGAACAUGCCUAAUACCCUACCAAUAGAUAACCCUCCUUCGACAGAAGAUGACAUGAACUUAGAAGACUUCCAUUGGUCGGUGUCGUCCCAGGGGCCUCCAGAAUACGACGACGACACGGUGUCCUCAGUUAGCCGUCUUCCUUCGGUGCAUUUAGCUCACCGUGCCCAAGGCUCCGUAUGCCUAACGCCUUCCGUAUGUACGUCCUUCGGCCCCUUCGAUUACGACAGUGCCUACUCUCCCAUCUCGAACGUGGACCGCCUCCCGUCCCCAGAUAUCGCGCGUCGCAUGCUGGAUGAUUGUCCACCAACCCCAUCAACUGCCACAAGCUGGGGCGCACCUUUGUCGUAUCCCCCAUCCCCUGCCAGUGAGCACUCUCGGCUUUCCCUCGACAUCGCGCACCGUGCUGUGUUCAGUCGUCCGAUAACGCCAGCGACUGCUACGAGCUGGGGCGCGCCUUCGUGGCCUGCUUCGCCUGUGUAUUCAAGUAGGCCACCUUCUGUGCAUAUGGACAGACGUGGGUUGGCGAGCCGGCCGCUUUCGCCUGUAGACCUCCACGAAAGCGCCCCGUGGCCUUUCGUAUGGCCUUACAACCAUCAUCAAGGUAUGGCGGAGACGAGUGAUGCAGAUAUCAUCGAUGAAGCAGACGAAGGCGUCGAGGUGCCGCUGGCACAGUCGACCCGACUUGUGUGGCCGUAUGAGCAACAUGGCAGCCUUGCCGCUUUGGAGGUAUCUUCUCAAGACGUCCCUCAAGACGUUGAUGUCUUGCAAGCUGGAGUUGAAUUGGUGGAGGAUGAAGAAGUUGUCAUCCAAACGUCAGCCCCAGGUGCUGCUCCAUGGAACCUUGUUUGGCCGUACACUCAACAGCAGAAGGGUGUCACUACUGAGGAAGUUCGUGAAAUAGUGGUCGAGGAACACAAGGGCCCUUGGCACCAUGUCUGGCCCUACACGCGCUCCCACGAGGAGUACGACGAGGAAGGCGAUCACUUCGAAGAGCCUCUGCAAUCUGCUGCUUCCAGUCACACGUGGCCAUACGAUAAUGAUGCUGGCGACGUCCCCGUCAUCUCCUUACACGCCAACGCUCAUGUUCGACUCUUCAACCACCCAUACUCUCCGCCCGCCGAAGCCUUCUCCGAAAGAUCGCAUUUGGCUUCCAUUCGUGAUGCAGCGUAUCCCUACUUCCUCCUCUACCCAGCCGUCUAUCCUCACUUUGACCUUUACCCGACCGUCUCUGCUUCUCGUCUUGCGUUGGCUCCUGUGCGGACAUCCCCUGCUGUUCUACUUGGACCUUCGAAACCAUAUCCUUUCUGCCUCUACGAGAUCUACCCACCCAUCGCGGUUAAGCCAAGUAGAUUCCCUGGAGGAGGCAGCAAACCCUAUCCCACAAACCUAUAUGCCAUCUACCCACCUGUAGCCAGAGUUGCAUCGGGCAGCCAUGGUGUCUCGAAACCCUACCCCACAAACCUCAGCGACAUCUACCCUCCCGUCGCCAAAGCCGCAUCGCGCAGAGCUGUUGUCCCGAAACCUUACCCUAUGAACCUUUAUGAGAUCUAUCCGGAUAUCAGCCUCUAUUUUGGUAGCGGACAGCCGUAUCCUACGAAUCUCAAUCACAUCUACACCCCGGUUUCACUUGGUUCCAAGCAGUCCUCACAUCGACAAUCAAAACCGUAUCCCAUGAACUUAUACGAGAUCUAUCCAACAGACGACCUGUACCCUGGAUGCCACAAACCAUACCCGGUGAAUCUAGAGGACAUAUACGCCUCGAUUCCACGUUCGAUACGUAAAGAGGCUUCUUCGAAGUCCAAGGCCUCAAGGCCUUAUCCUUCGAAUCUCCAUGAGAUCUACUCAUCGUUGGACCUUUAUCCCGGAUAUUGGAGACCUUACCCUGCCAACCUAGAUGAGGUUUAUCGCUCGCUAACGCAUGAUGUCCUUCCUACGUCUCUCCCCCCCAUCUCGUACUCGGCGACUUAUCCUUCUAAUCUCUACCAGAUCUAUCCUUCACAGGACUUGUAUCAUGGAUGUUGGAAAGCGUAUCCCGCCAAUCUGACCGAGAUAUAUCGUCCACUCACGGGGCUCGUUCUGCCCCCCCGGAAGUUCCAGGGAGCCAUCGUGUGGUCGGGACCCUACCCCACAAAUCUCAGUCAGAUCUACCCUUCCAAUGAUCUAUAUCCCGGCAUUUGGAAACCGUACCCCGCAAAUCUCGCUGACAUCUACCGUGCAUCGGCUGGUCAUGUCAUAGUGCCUACUUCUCAAUCCAGUACCUCUGCCCGUGGUUCGGCGCCAUAUCCCACGAAUCUUUACCAAAUCUACCCUUCAUCAAACUUGUAUUUCGGGUGUUGGAUGCCGUAUCCAUUGAAUCUAGGGCAUAUUUAUCGUUCGUUCGCGACUGCCACCAGGCCUAAGUCUACCAUCGGUAUCGUUGGAAGCUCAAAGCCAUAUCCCGCAAACUUAGAUGAUAUCUAUCCUGCUAUCCCUAUUGCCCCUCCUGUCGGUCCAAAGGCAUAUCCUUUCAAUCUGGACGAAAUUUACCCUCCGGUAAUUCCUUCGAGAUCAGCUAGCCGAAUUGCUUUUGCUGGGAAGAGCAAACCGUAUCCAUUUAACUUAGAUGAGAUCUACCCUUCUGUCGUUACCGCUAGUAUUCGUUCAACAACUCCCCCCGUCGUCAAUCGACUCCAGUCGGCCGCGCUAACAGUCGGACGCUAUGAAGUUCGCUAUCCGGUUUUCAACCUCUACCCAGCUGUGUAUCCUCGGUUUGAUCUAUAUCCCUCUUUCUUCAUGGAGGUUCCCAUACCAGGCCGUGCGGGAACGACGAGUUCGUUGGCCAAUGUUUAUCCAUAUUUCAACCUGUACCGUCCUAUUUAUCCCUACCUCGAGAUAUAUCCCGCAGCUUACGAGGGGAAACUGCAACCUCUUCCUCCAACUCGUGUUCCCAAGUUCCAGGUGCACACUACCCUGCGUCACGCUUUGCGUCCACCCUCGGUUGUGAUCCAACCGCCCACCCCUCAACACUCGUCUGAGGACUUCGCUGCUUCGCCGACUCCAUCUUUACCGAAUCCCCAUGGCCGACAUCUCCAGCUGACACAUUCAGAGCUACAUGCGAUUGUCAUGAUGGAGUCCCGAUCUAAGUCAAUAUUCGAAGACGAUGAUGAAAGUCCCGUUUCCCCUCCUCCGCAACCGAGGGUCGUUAUGAGGGAGCCCCCGCCAGUACCAUCUCUCCGCCGACCGUCACCAUCACGUAGAUCGAGUAUCUCGCAGGCUCCUCCGCCGUUGGUCAGCGUUAGCAAUGUCGAGACGACAAGGCAGACAUCACCGUAUCGAAACUCUGUGACCGCGCUCGCGCAAAAGUAUUCCUCUAAUACCUCGUCCACGAGCCAAAGCGGGUCGCCCCUGAGGCGAUCUGUUUCUGCUGCCACUCCGAGGUCGCAAGUGUCACCUGGAUUAAUAAGAACGCGGUCGAUUGGGCUGCCUUCUCAUCCAGCGGCACACAAGAGGGAAAUGAGUCCGAUCGAGGGACCUGCUUCUCCUCCUUCGCGGCUUCCUAAACGCAGGGAUAGUCUAGUCCUGCAGCGAGUGCGGGCGUACAGUUCGCAAGGGGAGAAAGAAUGCUUCCUGAAUAUGGAUACUAUCAGUGAAUUCCCUCUUCCGCCCCGACCACCAACUUUUCCCGGAGGCGGGAGGCCGGUGAGAUAG